AUGAGGUUCUCUGAAGAUUUCUCGCCCCCAGCACCGGGGGAGUUGCACAAAUUGGAUGAUGCACUUUGGGAAUGGAGGAGAUGCUCGAGUUCUAAGGUGGAGUCAAAGUGUCGACUCGUGGCUGAACCCGAGCUUCCUAGUGGGGUUUGUCCGGUAUGGGGGUUUGUUCAGCGAGGAAGUGAAUUUGAAGAGGACUUGUCAGUUGGAUUUGUGAUUAACCCAAGAAAGACUUUUCCAGCUAGGCGAUGCCACUGUCACCUUUUUUCGCAGAUUCUUGGCAUAUGA